AUGUCUGAACAUCAUGCAGAACACAGUAAGAGAGCUGAAAAACACGCCGAAAGAGCAGGCGAGGAGCUAAAGAAGGCCGCCGAAGAGGUAAAGAAGGAUGAGCCUUACUACCGGGAGAAGGCACAUCAGUGCUCGAGUUACAUUUGGACCAAGUUUUACGAGGCUGCCAACUACGUUUAUGGAACAGGGCAGUCGUCGAUGCAGUACGCGCGUAGCGCUGCCUGCAGGGCUAUGACUGAGUUGAAGAAUCCUGUGAUUCUGCUAAAUGUGUUGGCGGGCUCAGGUGUGAUUGGCGCAUUGCUGACCGGUUAUGCCAAGUAUGACGCAAGGUAUUUGAAGAACAAAUCCGAUGGAGACAUUCUUUGCCUGGUCGGUAGUGCCACCGCUCUGCUGGCCAUCGAUACGGUGCUGUCCGUCAAAUACUACUCGAAGUACGACAAGAAGAAGCCUUAG